AAAAAAAUUAUCUAGUUACAAUCUUUUACGCCAGAGCUCGAUAUUCAGAAAUCUUAUAAGAAAAUAAUAUUAAUAUUCUCGGUCAACGAAGAUUCUUUAUUUUCUAUUGACAAAAAUUUUUAUGUAAAGUGCAAUAUUGGCUGAUGACGCAUUUUUAUCGAACUUUUACAAGUGUCUCCGGGGGAAAAUGUGAUGCCGGUUAGAUAUUUAUUUAAAAUUUUUUGCUUUUGUCAUAUAAAAUAGACGCCUGAUAUAUAACAUCCGCCCGGUUCUUGUUGCCAAAAAAUGGCUGACUAGUUGAUUAUUUUGUUCCUUAUUAGACAAAAUUUUCGUGGUGAUAUUUUUUUAGACGCAGAAAAUCUUAAAUUACUUUUUUUGCCAAAGUGAAUUUUAUUGUUGAGAAAAAAAAUAAACAUAUUCUUGUGAAGAUGCCGCGCGUUAAAGCGUCUCCGAAAAAGUGCGUCAAGACCGCGAACUCUCAUCCAGGAGCCAAUACUUGGGUUUUUCUUAUGAAAGAUGGCAUGGAAAAUACGGAUGGAAAGCAACCUGAUAUGGUUAAAUUGAGACAUCCAUCAUCAAAUCAACCAGCAAUGUUUGUAUUUGGUCCUGGCGAUACUACAAUUCAGGAAGUGAUAACUUUCGAUGAAAACAAAAGAUCGUGGUUUAUAGACGAACACGUUAAAUCAGAUGGAAAAAUGCAUUUAUCAACACCUAUAGAUCCAAUCUUUCUCGUUCUUCCAUACUUAAGAAAGUCGCAGCAGGUAAUGCCGUUAGAUCAAAUUUUACGAGACGAAGACUAUCCAGAAACUUCUCGUUUAGCGCGAUGUCACAAUUUGAAACUUACCUUGGUCGCAGACCGAAAGGGUGACGAGUCGUUAUUAGCUUAUAAAUUUAACGAAGAGAAGACAAUGGAGUGGUUGCAGAAAAAAGUCGAUAGGGUAGCGGAAAUUCUGAAACAGAAGGGCAUUCACGUUUCGCAGGGUGCAGUGAGUGCAAAUUUUGUCAAGAGCAGUAAACACGAGAGUGGAACUGUCGCUGAAUACUUGAAAUACGCACACGGUAUUGUAUCGGAAUAUCUUGCUGAGGAUCUCUCUAAAAAAUUAGCGCAGCAUCUCAAUUUGCCAGACGAUGUGGAGCAAAAGAAGCGAAAGUUGGCGAGUCCAAAAGAUCCAGUUGAGGAGAAACGACACAAAAAAGAUACACAAGAAUCUGAAAGCCUUCCACGAAAUGGAGCAGCGCUUGAUUUGACAAAGCCCGAAAAACCUCUGAAGACUCCGCCGCCAUCGAAAAAAGAAUUGGCACGACAGAAAGCGGCAGCGGGUUCUAAAAGUAUUACAAGUUUUUUCAAGAAAAAAUGAGCACGAUAAACUGAAAAUGUUUGUAAAUGCUCAAAAAUUUCAGUUUAGACGCACUAAAAAAAAUAGUGGGCGAUGCAUCUAUGUUUCUAUGAAUGUUGUUAUUUAAAUUUCAAAACUUAAACAUUAUACUUUUAAGAGAUCCCAAAAUAUAACCUCGCAAUUUAAAACAAAUUAUAAAGAGGAUAAAAAAGAAAUUGUAGUAAGAUAUUAACAAUCUAGGUACACAGUUUUUAAUCAUCUCUGACAGUCAUCUCUUUUAUUUUCCUUCUUUGCUUUUUGGGAGAAUCCUUUUUCUCUUCAUUACUAAUUUCAUUCAGUUGACGUCCAAUAUUAUCCAAAGUAAUUGUAAUUUUUAAAAAAUUAUUACUUUCACAUAAAAAUCAAUUGUUGCAUAUAUAUCUAUUUGUUUCACUAGAUAAUGAUUUUUAAAAGAAAUUAAAUUAAAAUUACAGUAACUGUUAUUAACGAAAAAAAAAUUCCUGUUAUAUUGCAAUUAUAUCUUAGAACAAAAUCGAUAAACGUAUUUUAUAAAAUAGUUGUAGUGAAGAUUCUGGCCAUUGCACAAAAUUCUCUUAUUCGCAUUUUUAUUGUUUUUAAACAUCAUAUUUAUUACAAUAAAAUAUCAUUUUUUUCAUUAUAUGUAAAAUUUGUUUUUGCACAAAUGACAAAAUACUUAUAAAUUCUAUAGGUAUUGUUCCCUUGAAAAAUCGUUUAGUCUAAUUGAGUAUUAAAACAAAAUUUUUUUUUGUCACCCAUCGAAGAAAAAAAAGGUAGUAAUUUAUGUUAAGUAGUUUUUUAAUUUAUUACUUCGUUUAAAAUUUUGUACAUACAUAGUACAUAAAUAACUGACAUAUUUUAUUUUUUACAAAAAAGAAAAAUUUUUAAUUAUUUGUUAUUUAGAAAUUAGGAAAUUACUUUUAAUGGUAAGCAAAAACCGAUUUCAUUUUCAUUAAAACAGAACACAAAAAAAUACAGACACAUAGUGUAAAUGAGAAUGAAAAAAAUGAUCUAGCGUGUUUGAUGUGUUAUUAUUCAAUCGUAUUUAAUGUACAAUGAAAUAUGUCAAACUUGUACGUGUAUUAUAAUAUACUUAUCAUAAAAGUA